AUGCCUCGCUCAAUGUUAAAAGUGUUUAUAAAACGUCGCCGGUCCGGCGGUGUUUAUAAACACCUAUUACUCACGCAGAAUAAUGAUAGAGUUAGUACUAAUGAAAAAAUUUCAUCGCCAUCGACUUCAACUUGUCAAGACAAAUAUUUUGAAAGCGGGUUGCAUGAUGGAUCAUUAGAUAGCGACGCAGCUUUAAUAGUAACAAAAGUCGAGAUAACAGAGGAAGAGGAAACGGUUGCAAUUUCGAAUCUGGAUUUGAAUUCUACCAGUACGGAGAUUUCUCGAGACCCUUUAAAGUGGGAAAUAAUUUUAAGAUCAUGGCUCAUUUACUCAAAAAGCGCAGAUGCGGUGUUUUGCUUUUAUUGUAAACUUUUUACCACCAUUCAAAGCGCUUUAACUUCGGGUGGUUGCAAUGGUUGGAAUCAUAUCGGUGAAAGACUCAGCUCACGCGAAAAGAGCAAAGCACAUUUAAGUGCCCAUAAACAGUGGACUGAAUUACCAUUGAGAGUGACGACAAACAAGACAAUCGAUGCUAAUCAUCAACGCAUGUUGGAUGCUGAAGCGCGAUAUUGGCAAAAUGUGUUAGAGCGGCUUCUAGCAAUCAUACAUUUUUUGGCACAACAAUGUUUGGCACUUAGAGGUAAAUCGGACAAAUUAUAUCUUCACAACAAUGGAAAUUUUUUGAAACUAGUUGAGCUACUUUCAAAGUUUGAUACUGUUAUAUCCGAGUACCUUUUAAAAAUUAAAGAUGGUCGCAGGCAACAGCAUUAUCUCAGCAAAGAUAUUCAAAAUGAAAUUAUACAUUUACUGGCGAAUAAAAUCAAGCAGACAAUAUUGAAUAUUGUAAAAAAUGCCAAAUAUUAUGGUAUUAUUGUUGUUUGUACUUCAGAUGUCAGCCACAUAGAGCAAAUGACUUUUAUAAUACGUUGCGUGAAUAUUACAAAAAGUCCUGUGGAAAUUCGAGAAUAUUUUCUUGGGUAUGUACCAGUAACUAGAACUACGGGUGCAGCGCUUACUGAAGUCAUCCUAGACGAACUGGAAAAAAUGGCUUGA